UUUGCAGCAAGCCAUCAUAAGCAAAUGGAUCAUUAUGUUGUGUGCCUUUUAAGCCUAAGUAAGCUACUCACUUUGGUGCUGCUAACUAUCUUUUCUGUCCUAUUCAAUAGACCAGAAUUGUUUUUAACGUCAAACAAUUAAUCUUGGUUCACAUUCAGAUCUCAGACUCUGAUCGUCUUACCGAAGGCAGUGUCAUGAAAUCGUGGGUCCUAAAUAUGCGGUCCUAAGACUGCGAUCCAGCAAGUCAUCCUGAUUACUGAUACUGCAGCCUCCUUAUCGCGGGGGGAGUGACUUCUCGUAAGGAAACGGUAUGUUCCUGUAAACUUGAGAAAAAUAUCAACGCAUGACAAACUUUUAAUAGGUCCUUGAUAUCAACGGACUGUACGGAAUCAUUUUUACGGGUGGCGCCGUGGAGGUGAUGGAGGGAGGCCAGGCAACAUUUAUUUUUUCAUUCCCUUCGAUAAACACAAGACGGGUCUCCAUUCUACGAUGAAUGAGGAGAGAGAGGACUGGGGUCCCAACUCUAAAACCACUCUGUCUGGGGAACAUGGCCGCCAGAGCAAAGCUAAGAGCCCAGAGCAGCAGAAGAGAGUAAACUCCCCUGUACCAAGCCGUGUCUCCAUGAAGAGUGAUGGGUCUAUGGAUUUUCCUCCGAACUUUCAGGAUGGAAGUCACCAACGUGCUGAGAGCAGUGGGAAGCAUGAGGGUGCAGUCUCCCCUGGACCCAGUUGUGUCUCCAUGAAUAGUGACCGUUCUAUGGGUCUUUUUCCUGACUUCAAAAAAGGACAACCCUCCAGAGAGGAGAGACAACACCAGGUGUGUUCAAAGGUUACCGUUGCUCAGUCUGCAACACAGCUUCAAACAGAGCUGAUCAAGGUGGCUGAGGAGAGGGUACACGCUUUUGUAGACAAGGAGCUGAAGAAGCUCUGGAGGGAUAUUUUCCUGCAUGCCCCACAAGGCUCAGAGACUCAGAGGGAGAAGGAGGAGGAGGGGUUGGAUUGUAAGAAUGAGGAUCAGAGGAGGCGUGCCAUAGAGGGAGUAGUAGACAUCACAAAGCUUUGUCUGAUGGAGCUCAACCAGGAUGAACUCGCCGGCAAACUGAGGAGCGAAUCUGUUGCUGUAGAGUGCCAACAUAAAAUCAAGGCUCACCUGAUGGAGAAGUUCAGGUGUGCGUUUCAGGGAGUUGCUAAAGCAGGACUGCCAACAGGCCUGAAUACCUUCUACACAGAGCACUACAUCACAGAGAGAGGCAGUGGAGAGGUCAACAAGGAACAUGAGGUCAGACUGAUUGAAACAGCUGCCAAGAAAACUGCCAAGGAGGGAACAAAAAUUAAAUGUGAAGACAUCUUUAAACCCUUGCCGGGACAAGAUCAACCAAUCAGAACAAUAAUGACAACUGGAGUAGCUGGCAUUGGUAAAACCGUUUUAACACACAAGUUCACUCUUGACUGGGCUGAAGGCAAAGCCAACCACGACAUACACUUCACAUUUCCCAUCUCUUUCAGAGAGCUGAAUUUACUGAAAGAGAAGGAGUUUAGCUUGGUGGAACUUCUUCAUCAUUUCUUUAUUGAAACCAAAGUGGCAGGCAUCUGCACAUACGAUCAGUUCCAAGUGGUCUUCAUCUUGGAUGGUCUGGAUGAGUGUCGACUUCCUCUGGACUUCCAGAACAACCAGAUCUGGACUGAUGACACAGCGUUGACCUCGGUGGACGUGCUGCUGACAAACCUCAUCGAGGGCAACCUGCUUCCCUCUGCACGCAUCUGGAUAACCACACGCCCUGCGGCAGCUAAUAAGAUCCCUGCUCAGUGUGUUGGCUUGGUGACAGAGGUGAGAGGGUUCACCGACCCACAGAAGGAGGAUUACUUCAAGAAGAGAUUCAGAGAGUGUGCGCUGGCAGGCACCAUCCUCUCCCAUAUCAAGAAAUCACGAAGCCUCUACAUCAUGUGUCACAUCCCAGUCUUCUGUUGGAUCACUGCUACAGUACUGGAUGACUUCUUCAAAACAUCCCAGAGAGGAGACAAGAUGCCCCAGACCCAGACUCAGUUGUACAUCCAUUUCCUGAGAGUUCAGUCCAUACAAGGGAUCAGGAAGUAUCAUGGGAGCGCAGAAACAGAUUCUCAACAGAGUUCAAAGAGCAGGGAGAUCAUUGUUUCUUUGGGAAAACUUGCUUUUAACCAGCUAGAUAAAGGCAACCUGAUCUUCUACGAGGCAGACCUGGCAGAAUGCAGCAUCGAUAUCAGAUCAGCCUCAGAAUACUCAGGAGUGUUCACCCAGCUGUUCAAAGAGGAAUGUGGACUUUACCAGAUGAAGGUAUUCUGCUUUGUCCAUCUGAGCAUCCAGGAGUUUCUGGCUGCCCUUUAUGUCUUCCUGUCCUUCAGAGACACUGGUGUAAAUCUGCUCUCAGAAGAACAACUGAACUCGCAGGAAGAAGAAUUCCUCUACCAGAGUGCUGUGGACAAGGCCUUGCAGAGUGAGAACGGACACCUGGACUUGUUCCUCCGCUUCCUCCUGGGUUUCUCUCUGGAGACCAAUCAGAUUCUCCUACAUGGUCUGCUGGGACAGACAGCAAGUAGCUCAUGGACCAAUCAUGGAAUAGUGUCGUACAUCAAGGAGAAGAUAAGUGGAGAUCUCGCUCCAGAGAGAAGCAUCAAUCUGUUCCACUGUCUCAAUGAGCUGAACGACCAUUCUCUAGUGGAGGAGAUUCAACAGUACCUGACAUCGGGAAGUCCCUCCAAAGAAUCUCUCUCCCCUGCUCAGUGGUCAGCUCUGGUCUUCAUCUUACUUUCCUCAGAAGAGAAUCUGGACGUGUUUGACCUAAAGAAGUACUCAGCGUCAGAGAAGGGUCUUCUUAGGAUGAUGCCAGUGGUGAAAGCCUCAAAAACAUCUCUGCUGAAUGGCUGUCAGCUGUCAGAAAGAUGCUGUGAAGCUCUGUCUUCAGUUCUCAGCUCCAACUCAUGUCUGAAAGAGAUGGAUCUGAGUGGUAAUGAUCUACAGGAUUCAGGAGUGCAGCUGCUCUCUGCUGGACUGAGGAGUCCACACUGUACACUGCAAACUCUCAGGCUGAAUGACUGUAAGCUGUCAGAGAGUUGUUGUGAAGCUCUGGCCUCAGUUCUCAGCUCCAGCUCCUCUAGUCUGAAAGAACUGGACCUGAGUGCCAAUGAUCUUCAGGAUUCAGGGGUGAAGCUGCUCUCUGCUGGACUGGGAAGUCCACACUGUACACUGGAAACUCUACGGUUGUCUGGCUGCCUGGUCACACAGGAAGGCUGUGCUUCUCUGGCCUCAGCUCUGAGAUCCAACCCCAACUAUCUGAGCGAGCUGGACCUGAGCUACAAUCACCCAGGAGACUCAGGAGUUAUGCUGCUCUCUGCCGGACAAGAGGAUCCACACUGCAGUCUGGAGACUCUCAGACAACAAGCUGCUCUCACUAUUUACCCCCAGUGUCGAGCAUGGUGGAGUGUGGAGGCUGAAAUCAGCUCUGAAGAAAUAUGCUUGUGAACUCACACUGGACCCAAACACCGCCAACGUAAAACUCUCUCUGUCUGAUGACAACACAAAGGUGACAGUGGUUGAAGAAAAACAGUCGUAUCCUGAUCACCCAGAGAGAUUUGACUUCUUUAAACAGGUGUUGUGUAGAGAGGGUCUUACUGGCCGCUGUUACUGGGAGAUUGAGAGGGAAGGAGAUAUUGCCACAGGAGUGACAUACAGAGGAAUCCCAAGGCUAGGAUAUGGUGGUGAUAGCGCAUUUGGAUGGAACAGCAAGUCC